AUGUAUUCAGAUCGUAAACUUUCGCGUCUUCCACUUCAUUUAUCUAUUGAACAAAGCCAGCUCUCAAAACUAGCUUCUUUGCCUCGAAAUCCAAUACGAACAACUCAAAAUUUACUGAUUACGGACGAGAGAAUUUUAGGAAGACGUUGCGAUUGGGAACCAGAGUUCACAAAAAAAACACAAAAGAAAUGUGCAAAAUGGAUAGCACCAAAAAAUUGCACUGCACUAGAUCUAUUGAACAAUUCUUGUAAGGAAACCAAAGAACCUUUCAUGUCAACGUCAUUGCCUGAACUAGAUAUAGCAUUAGGCGGAGGUAUACCAUGCUCGUCCUUAACAGAAAUUGUAGGACCCACAAAUUUCGGCAAAACACAAUUUUGCCUUACACUAUCAAUUCUUGCCACAUUGCCUGUUUGUAUGAAUGGUCUUGGCGGAGGAACAUGUUAUAUAAGUACCCAAGGUGCUUUCCCCGCGGAAAGGUUAAUGGAAAUCGCAAAGUAUAGGUUCCCAUAUAUUUUCGGCGAUGAAAAUUCACAAUGCCAGGAUAAUCUUAAAAAAAUGACAGAUGCAGUUCAUUUGAUGAAAGCCAAAUCCUCAAAGGAAUUAGAGAACUUUCAAGAAUUCAUCAUCGAGAAAAAUAUUAGAUUGCUGAUAAUCGAUUCAUUUGGAGCUCUUAUAAAAAAGGAAUUUAUUGGUAAAAAAGAUUCCUUAGACAAAAGAAGUCGAUUACUAGUUAAAUUUGCUGCAUGGCUAAAAUUCUUAUCCGAAUCAUUCAAUAUGCCGACAGUCGUGACAAAUCAAGUAAUUUCAUUGAAUAAUAUUCGAGAUGCAUUAACAGAUCUUACAAAUGAUCAGGAUUCAAGUAUAAAACCAGCACUAGGGAACACAUGGUCACACGCAGUAAACACGAGAUUGAUGAUGGAUUAUUGCGACAUUAAUCCUGUUGUAAUGCUCGUAAAUCCUGAUGUUCCAAGAAAUCUCAGAAAAAUAAGAGUCGAAAAGUCACCCAUCGGCGCACGAAAAACUCUUUAUUUUACUAUUGAGAGAAAAGGUGUUGUGAAUUUUGACUUGAAAAGUGUAAUGGACAAGAUGAGAGAUUGUAAUCAGGAUCGUGAUUCUGACAUUAAAAGUUCAUAUAGUAAUGUGGUUACCUAUUUGUAUGAAUAUGAUUAA